CCACUGCGCGGUGUAUGAAUCAUAACGCAUUGCUUUUUGCUGCGCUAGCAAAACACAAACUGCGAAGUCGAAGCACCUUUUCAGCGCAAGCAAGCCAAAAUCCUUCCUUCUUCCAGACCCUAGAGCUAGAUUGAGCCGACGUAAUAGGGGUGGGUUACCACUAGCAGAAGGUGCAAUUCAGAGACCGGCGAAAUGAGCGUGAUCGACAUCCUAACGCGAGUCGAUGCGAUCUGCAACAAGUACGACAAAUACGACGUCGAGAAGCAGAAGAAUCUCAAUGUCUCCGGGGACGACGCGUUCGCUCGCGGUUACGCCGCCGUUGACGCCGAAAUCGAAGCCGCUCUUGAGAAAGCGGAGCUUGCUUCCAAGGAGAAAAGCAAGGCGUCCAUUGUAGCUCUCAAUGCCGAGCUCCGUCGGACCAAGGCGAAAUUGCUCGAGGAGGUUCCAAAGUUGCAGAGGCUUGCAAUAAAGAAGGUAAAAGGCCUUUCGACAGAAGACUUUGCAGCCCGCAAUGACUUGGUGCUUGCAUUGCCAGAUAGAAUCCAAGCUAUUCCAGACGGUUCUGCAGCUGCAGCAAAACAACCUGGAGGUUGGGGGCCCUCAGCUUCCCACACAGAAAUCAAAUUUGAUUCAGAUGGUCGGUUUGAUGAUGAAUACUUUCAAGAAUCUGAGCAGUCAAAUCAGUUUAGGCAGGAGCAUGAAACACGUAAGAGGAGGCAGGAUCAAGGUUUGGAGAUGAUUUCAGAAGGUUUGGAUACUUUGAAAAACAUGGCUCAUGACAUGAAUGAGGAACUGGACAGGCAAGUUCCUCUGGCUGAUGAAAUCGAUUCCAAGGUGGACAAGGCAGCUUCUGACCUUAAGAACACCAAUGUUAGACUUAAGCACACUGUUACUCAGUUGAGAUCCAGCAGGAAUUUCUGCAUCGAUAUUGUUUUGUUGAUCGUAAUCUUGGGCAUCGCUGCUUAUUUGUACAAUGUAUUGAAGAAAUGAAACAAAGGGGUACUGUUGAUGGACUUAUCUCACGUUGUGAUAUGUUUGGCUUUCCUUUGCACUGUAAUGUACCUCAAUGACUCCGCUUGCUUGCCUUCCGUGUUUGGCUUGUCAAUCCUGUUUAUGAGUUUUCUGGCGCCAACUUGAAUGUACCUUUCUUGUGUAAAGAUCUCAGAAGUCAGUCAUAUAUGUAUUCAGUUAUCUUCUUUCCUGUUUGUCGAGCAGUAAAUGAUUUUGUGAUCUAAUUUUCCCAUAUCAUCUCUAACUUACGUCUAGUUUAAGUGAAAUGGUCUAGAAGCAGAAGCAGAAAAGCGCAAGUUCUAGAAGAGACUUAUCUUAUUAUAUGCCUCGGUGGCAGUUGAGGGUCACUAAGUUGAAUAUGAUUUCCUUAUUAGAUCACUGGGUUGAGGAUUCCUGCAUCUAGAGGUAAAAUGUUUCUGACUUUGUAGUAAACCAGUGAGUGUAAU